GUAAUGGAAGGACAAAGUAACCAAGAGAACCCUGUGCAACUAAUGUCUUGUGACACUAGAGGAACCAGCAACCAUGUCUCUCAUUCAGCUGAGGAUCAUCUAUUUCCAAACCCAAAAUUUUUUAUUUCAGCAUCUGGAAGGAAUGGGAGCCACUGGACUUGUCUCCCAAAACCCUCUCAUAAUUAUGUUGAAUAUCUCUCAGAAUCCUCAACUUAUCUGCCUAAUGCUACACCUGAAUAUAUGAUUGGGAGCAGUUUUCCACCUGUUGGAAGCAUCAAUGAUGGUAAUGGAGGGGUCAAUGGAAAUGAAAAUGCUUAUGGUUUUAAACCUGCUGAUUCUUUAAGUAAUAACAUUGACAUUAGGAAGCAGGUGGGGUUUUGGAGACUUGAUGAAGGAGAGAAAGCAAUUAAAGUUGAAACUGAAAUUAGUCAAAAUCUUCUUUAUGCUGAGAGCCAUGCUUCAUGGACAGCAGAUUCAGUUGGAGAUAACCACAAUACUUCACGACUCGAUCCAAUGGUGAUGGUUGGUGCACCUGCUUUCCUUCCCAAACCAGGAUGCAGCUCCUCAAAACAGAAAACACGCGUCACUGACCGUCAACGCAGACAACGCAUUGCUGACAACCUCAAAGCCUUACACGAGUUGCUUCCAGAUCCAGCAGAGGGUAGUGAAGCGUACAUACUGGACGAUAUCAUUGACUAUGUCAAAUAUUUGCAGCUUCAAAUUAAGGAACUAAGUGGAAGUAGACUGCAAGCUGAAUCAAGUGCUCUACCACUUGUUUUUCAUGAGGGUUACGGCCAUUAUAUCAAUCAACAGAUGCUCAAUGAACCCCUUGAAGAGAUAAUGGGGAAACUAGUUGAAGAACAUUCAGCAGCAGCCAGUCAGCUACUGGAGAGUAAGGGUCUUUUCCUGGUGCCUAUGGCUUUGGUUGAUGACUUAAACGAAGCUGUGCAAAUGUUUGGUGGGAGUGCACUUGUUUGA